AAAGAAGGUUCAAACUUUCUUCAAACUUUUACUUGCUUUCUCUCUAAACAACCAAAGCUUUAUGAACUAUAAACUCAAGCAAACACUCCAAACCUUACGCUUUGCCACUUUUUCCUCUUACAUCAAAAAUUUGAACCAAUUUUGGAUUACAUUCUUCAAAGAAACCAAACUAAGUUCUCUCUAAAAAGAAAAAAAGGAACAAAAAAAUCUCAAAACUGAACCAAUUCUCUCACAUGGGCACUUUUUUAUCUCUCACUCUAGUGAUUCUCUCAUGGGCAUUAUUGCCAUCAACGAGAACCGAAGCUCAAGGCAUCAGAUCAUCUCAUCUUCUAGACCUUCUCAUUAGAGACUACACUUUCAAGUCCUUCAACACCACCUUACCAACCGGACUACCUUACUUGGUCCGCUUACCGGCCAACUUCUCCGGAAUAAAGGUCAACACAGCGAGGUUCCGCUGCGGCAGUCUCCGGCGAUAUGGCGCGAAAGUCGUGGAAUUCCACCUCGGGGUUGGCGUCACCAUUCACUCAUGUGUGGAGAGGGUCAUGAUAGUUAGCCAAAACUUGGGAUACAAUUGGUCGUCCAUAUAUUACCAGAACUAUGACCUAUCAGGUUACCAACUUGUGUCCCCUGUUUUAGGCCUAUUGGCUUACAAUGCAGGCACUGAUCUGAACUCCGGUAACCCUUUCGAGCUCGGGAUCAUCGCCACUGAAGCCAACCCCAUUAAAAUAGACUUUAAGAACGUCACAAGGGUGGUCAAUAAUUCCUCCAUAACUCCAUUGUGUGCUAGCUUCGAGAGUGAUGGAAAAGUGACACUGGCAAAGCAAGCAUCUCCUUAUGUCUGUGUGGCCAAGAGGAAUGGCCACUUUGGGCUGAUUAUAGAGAAGCCGUCACCGGCGCAGCCACAGAGCAAGAAGGAGAAGCCUUGGAAAGUCGCCGUAGGAAGCUCGGUGGGCGCGGCGUUAGGCGCUUUUCUUUUAGGAUUGCUUCUUGUGGCCAUGUUUGUGAGGGUUAAGAAGAGGUCAAGAAUGGAUGAGUUGGAGAGAAGGGCUUAUGAGGAAGAGGCGUUGCAGGUCUCAAUGGUUGGACAUAUUCGAGCCCCGACGGCUUCCGGCACCCGAACGACGCCUUCCGGGAUGGAGAAUGAGUACUUGGCUCCUCCUCGCUGA